UCCUAUAACUACAAAAAAGAAAAAAAAAAAAGAAGGAAAUGGCUUUAUUGAGAAGUCGCACAGCUUCAUUGAAUCUCUUCAACAGGUUUCUGCAUCAAUCGUUUCGUGUUCCCAAUCUCAAUCUCUCCUCUGUUGCUGCAGAUGUUCAUAAUCAAUCAACGAUUGAGAGUAUGAAAAGAGAUCUACUUAAUCUGGACAUUAAUUCACAAAUUGGGAGUUGUAUGCCAAUUGCUUCUAUGCGAAUUGGAACCUUUAUCCACAACAUUGAGGUGAACCCUGGUCAAGGCGGAAAGCUGGUCCGGGCUGCUGGAACUUCUGCUAAGAUCCUCAAAGAGCCAAAAUCAAGAUAUUGUUUGAUUAGACUGCCAUCGGGUGCUGAAAAGUUGAUUGAUACUCGAUGUAGAGCGACUGUUGGUACGGUGUCGAAUCCUAGCCAUGGAGCUAAGAAGCUUAGGAAGGCUGGACAGAGUCGGUGGUUGGGCAGGAGACCCGUGGUUAGGGGAGUUGCGAUGAAUCCGGUUGAUCAUCCUCAUGGUGGUGGUGAGGGACGGAGUAAAAGUAGUGGAAGUUAUGGUCAGACUUCGCGGACACCUUGGGGAAAGCCUUGUAAGUGUGGGUUUAAGACUGCCAAAAGCAGACGCAGAAACUAGUUCUCGGUCAAGUUGGCAUUUUGCUUCUUUAUCUAUUUUCAACAAUCUGAUGCUCAUGCUUUUGAUGAUUUUUGUUUAUUAGUUAAAGGACUCAUUGUAUGAAUUGAGGCAUUUAGCCACUGAUGCAUUAUGGAUGUUCAUCUUUGUUCUUCAACAGGUUCUAAAAUAAUCAUGUUGAUUUCAGGGAAAUAUGUUACAUUUAAUCGGUAUCUCAGCUGAUCAAACAGUGAUGGUAAUUUUUUUUUAUAUGCAUCUUCAACCUUGUCUGCACAAUCUGAACCAUUUCUAAGAGUGCAUUUU